GUGUGCCGUCGCUUCAUCCCGUCCGUCGGGCUUCUUCCUUUUCUUUUCUUUUCUUUUUUUUAUCCUGCUAGCUAGCUCUUGGGGAAAUUAAUGGACGAGGAGAGUAAUUUGAAAUCGGAGCUGCUCUACUCGAGCGCUUCUUUCAGGGAGUUGUACUACGGGACUGUCGCCGGCGCUGUGCCUUUCGAGUGGGAGUUACGGCCGGGGACGCCCAAAAACGACCGGGCCGCCGCCAGCAGCCCCGUCCCUCCGCUGACGCCGCCGCCAUCCUACUACGGCGCUGCCUUGGGGAAGAGAGAGACCGCGGCCGAGUACUCCUCCAGGUCUGCCCGCCUCGUGCACGCGUUGGUGCUGCUCAUCUUGAGGAGGUUCCGGCGGCCCGCUUCUUCGUCGUCGGACAGUUCCAGCCCGAGGUCCUCCUCUUUCUCCUCCUUCUCCUUCUCUUCCUUCUCGUCCUGUAAAUGGGACAAGGAGGACAAUUCCAUGAACUAAAUUUUGAGCCUGUAAAUCCUUAAGAGAAGAAAGGAAAUUACGACUUAAUUAUAUAUUGUUCAUGGCUUAUAUAUAUAUAUAUAUAUAUAUAGCUUAAAGCCUUAAAGAUCUAGUAGAUCUAUAAACUUGCUGAAUCUUGUUAAGUAUCAUAUAUGUUUCGUAUGAACACUUAGUUUGUUGGUAAAUACAAUGGCGAUUGUAAAUAAAGAAGCUUCUCAUUCAAUUCAA